AUGCUCAGGCAGAUGGAGCAGAGCAGCUCGUCUUUCAGGCUGCAGGCCAUGGCGGGCGGGGCCGGGGCCGGGGCCGGGGCCGGGGGCGGCCCGCGGGGCCCUAACGCCGAGCAGCCCCCGGGGGCGGCUCUGCCCCCGACACUGGCUCCUCGCGCCUCCCGGCGGGCUUCAGCCGCCCGCCCCCCGGGCAGCCGGGCCCUGGCUCAGGGAGAGGCGCCUCCCUGCGCAGCGCGCACACGCCCAGCCUUUGUGUCCCUGCUUCCGCCGAGCCAGCCGGCCGCCGGCCCUGCGCGUCCACACCCCCUUGGCGAGCUGCCCCCGGGGGCCGGUCCGAGCUGGGGACGCUGCCGGGGGGGCUCGGGCCCGCCUUGUCCCCGGGCGCAGCGGCCUCCGGACUCUCCCGCGGCUCCGGCUCCGGAAGCGGCGGCAGAGCGGCGCCGGCAGCAGCCAGCACUGAACGAGCCGAGCCCGGCUCGCUGGGCGGUCGGGCCGAGUCGGGUCCCCCCGCCCCUCCCGGCGCAGCUGCCAGGACAAAGGGAGACCGCGGGGCCCCGCACCGUGUCCCCCGCACCUGCUCUCCCAGCCGCGGCCGGGGAGUUUCCUCCUGGCGGGGCGGGGGCUAAAGGCGCAGGGAUCCCGGGAGCCAGGGGCGGGCUGCGGCGAGCCUGUCCGAGGAUCGCCCGCUCCUGCCAGCGCUGCGGGAGCCCUCGAGCGGCAGCGGCAGCGGCAGCGGCAGCAGACCCGGCUACUCAGCUACUGAGAUGACUUGCCCAAUAGCAGUGGUGGAACCAGGGCAUGAACCCAGAUCACAGUCCUUCCCACAAGUGGGAGCAGAACCCAGGAGUCCUGACUUCUAGUUCCCAGCUUUAAUGACUAGAGCCCACUCUGUACACCACACAAGGGUGAUACUACAGAGCAUGAGACCACAGCCUGAGCUGGAUUUAGAGCCUUAACGGAGGUACAUUUCAGUGGAUGCCACCUUCUUAUUGUGACAACAAAUGCUGAGCAAUUUAAGGCUGGAAAUCCAAAUCCAAAAAGUGUAUUACCGAUAUCCAUGCCUAAUGACAGUGUAAUCAAACCAGAAUCACCUAACAUGCACCAGAUGCGUCUCUGACUCCAGAUGAAGAUGCUCAGCACGUAGUCUGCGUGCAAAUAAUGGGAAAUGAAGUAUGCAGCGCAUCAUAAGACAUUAUUUCCCCACUGAUGGCACCAGGGAUACAAAGUUUGAAAGGGAGCUGUGACUUCUGAGCCAGAGACACAAGAGAAGAGCUGCUGGGGGUGCAGCUGUGUGAAUGAGAGAGGCUGGUCCUCUGGGAGGAAAGCCACUGAGUUCACAGCUGGGAAGGCUGUGCCCUUUCUGAAUGCUGGCAGGAUCUGCAGCAGCCCCGGUCUCCUUCAGCAGCUCCCUAGAGAGAUGUAGCCCAGCUGGUCUCCACUUCAGGGGAAACAUCAAUCACAGGCCUUUCAAGCUCCAGUGAGAAUGCAUCCAAUGAAUGCAUCCAGAAUGCAUCCGAUGAAGUGAGUUGUAGCUCACAAAAGCUUAUGCUCAAAUAAAUUUGUUAGUCUCUAAGGUGCCACAAGUCCUCCUUUUCUUUUAGUGAGGAUAAUGACAUUGAUGGAAACUAUGACAGUGAGUGAAGCUGAAUGAUGAUAGCUUGUGAGAGGAAAUCAAGAGCUGUCCGGCUCAGACUCCCUGAUUGGACCUGAUUGUUGUGUCCACAGCACCCGCAGGUGCUUGGGGAAGCGAGGAGUCAAGUGAGAAUCCAAAGGCUGGCUCUCUCUUUCUGCACUAUGGGAGUGGCUGGUGGAGGGACUAGCCCAGAGCAGGUUUAGGACUCAGAGCUGGAUGGAGAAUAAGGAUGGUUUCUUUACAGUGUUUUACGUCCACCUUUAAAUCAGAUCAGGACAUGACAGACCUGAUUUAUCUCAGCCCUCUGCAACACUGCUGUCAUGAGAGGACUGCUACUGGGGCUGCCAAGGGGGGAUAGCUCAGUGGUUUGAGCAUUGGCAUGCUAAACCCAGGAUUGUGAGCUCAAUCCUUGAGGGGGCCAUUUCUGCCCACCCAGCCUUUUCCACAGCCUUCUCUCCUCCCCUCUCUUUCCCAGUACUUCCCUGCCAUCUCCCACCCUGGCUUGCCUAGCAAUAUCCACAAGGUAGGCACCUUCUACUGCGGGGCAAACUUUUUGGCCCAAGGGCCACAUCGGGGUUGUGAAAUGGUAUGGAGAGCUGAGUAGGGAAGGCUGUGCUUUUGCAAACAGCCUGGCCCCCUCCCACCUCCUGCCUCCUGACUGCC